GCUUUACGGCAAAUGGAAUAAUAUGGCGGAAGGUGAGAAUUCUUUUGACGGGCUGGAGCUCAGUAAGAAAUGGCUGGUGGCUGGAGACAUGAGGGUGGAGCUGCUCCACUACCUGAGGGACCAGGUACCUCAGAUCUAUUGCCUGAAGAAAGAGUUGAUCCCUACAGUGGAAGAGGAGCUUGCAAAGACUCGGAUCCUCCAUCCAUUUGAAUGCUUCCUGUUUGGUGAAGAUCCAGAGGAGGGUUUGGAGAAGCUCAAGCAGAGUAGCACCUCUUCUCAGCUCUGUGGACGUGUCUUCAAGGAAGGAGAGACUGUCUACUCCUGCAGGGAGUGUGCAAUCGAUCCCACUUGUGUCCUCUGUAUGGACUGCUUCCAGGAUAGUGUACACAAAAGCCAUCGUUAUAAGAUGCAUGCGUCAUCAGGCGGUGGGUUCUGUGAUUGUGGGGAUAUAGAAGCCUGGAAGAUUGGCCCCUGCUGUUCCAAACAUGACCCGGGGGCAGCCAUCACCAUGGUGACAGAUGUGUGUGUGCUGGAGCCCGGCUUACAAGAGCAUGCGGAAAAUCUGUUCAGAGUACUGCUGAAGUACACUACGGAUUUUUUGGUUUGGGAGGAGAACUUUGAGCUGUCAGCUGAACUGCAGCCUCGAAUGAAAGAGAACACGUACUACUGCGUGCUGUACAAUGAUGAACACCACUCGUACGACCAUGUGAUCUCCACGCUUCAGCGUUCUGUUCACUGCGAUCACGCUGAAGCACAGAUGCACACUGUCCUUAUUGAUAAUGAGGGCCGGCAGCCAGUAAAGAGAAGUACACUUCAGUCUUGCCUGCAAGCAAAAGAUCUGAUCAGGCACAACUCUGAGCACAUUUCCCUGCAGCCACUACGUGUGGAGGUCCUUCAUACAACAGUAAUGGCCCAUCAAAGCUUUGCUCUGCGUCUGGCCUCCUGGUUCCAAAAGAUCAUCGGUUACUCAGUGGGCUUCAGGCAGCUCUUCUGCCAGUUGGUACUAGAGCCCAACCCAGAUUGCCCAUGUCAUAUCAGCAGACUCAUGCUCUAUGAUGCAAAAAUGUACAAAGUUGCUCGUAAGGUCAUACAUGAGCUGAUUUUCUGCAGUCUACUAAUGGACGUGGACUUCAAGAGGCUUUUUGCAAUUGAAUUUACACAGCACUAUAAGCACUUGCAAAAGGACUUCAUCAAUGAUGAUCAUGAGAGGAGUAUAUCCAUCACUGCUCUGUCAGUUCAGAUCUUCACUGUACCCACACUGGCCAGACACUUGAUCGAAGAGGCCAAUGUCAUUAAAGUUAUUGUUGGCACAGUUAUGGAACUGCUGCAGGAACACCUGGAUGAUUCCAACCGCUUCUGCUUCCUGGGCUUCAACUCAGACAAAUUCUCCCGCAUUCAGGUUAUCUUCCAUGACCUCAGGUAUAUUCUGAUCAGUAAACCCUCAGUGUGGACUGAAGAGCUGAGGAGACAGUUCCUCGAGGGAUUCAAAUUCUUUCUGGGCUUCCUGAAAUGUAUACAGGGUAUGGGGGAGGUGAAGCGCCAGAUUGGUCAACACAUUGCAGUAGAACCAGACUGGGAGGCUGGCUUUUCCCUCCAGAUCCAGCUCCGACACAUUCUCGCAAUGUUCCAGGAUUGGUGCUCAUCCGAUGAUGAGCUCUUGGUCUGUGCAUUUAUGGAGUGCCACAAUGCUUUGAUGCAGUGCAAUAACCAGCCUUUCAGGAAGGAGGCGUCCGACUACUACAUGUGCAAGCACAUCCUCCACGUUCAUCCAUGCAGCGUGUCCCACGAGCCUGUUAGCAUACAUCUACCCAUCUCCAGGCUGCUGGCUGGCUUGUACGUACACUUGUGCAGAACAAGCGCCAUUAAGCAACUGGACAAACUUUCUUAUCCUGGUCGCUAUGACUACACCCAGCUAGCAGAGCAUUCGCUGCGCUGUGUUGUAUUGGCAGCUCAGGUUUCAGCUGAAAUGUGGCGGCGAAACGGCCUCUCACUGGUCAGCCAGGUCUAUUACUAUCAUGAUGUGAAAUGCAGGGAUGAGAUGUAUGAUAAGGACAUUCUAAUGCUCCAGAUAGCUGCUUCCAAAAUGGACCCGAACCACCUCCUCAUGCUGAUCCUGUUGAGAUUUGAGCUCUUUGAUUAUUUUAAUGGAAGCUGUUGCACCAAAGAUCAGGAUGAGAUGAUACAGCGGAAUCGAUUGAUAGAAGAAAUGCUCUAUCUCCUAAUUGUUCUUGUUGGUGAGCGCUAUUAUCCCGGGGUCAGUCAGGUGACCAAAGAGGAUGUGACAAAGAGGGAGGUUAUCCACCUGCUGUGCAUUGAGCCCAUGGCUCACAGUAACCUGGUCAAAGGCCUACCAGAGAAUGAGAGCCACGAAACAGGCCUGGAGGCAGUCCUUUCCAAAGUUAGCACCUUCAAGAAACCAGGAGCAUCAGGACCUGGCUUGUAUGAAAUUAAAAAAGAAUAUCUGGUAGAAUUCAACCCUUUCUUCUACCAUUAUUCAAGAUCCCAGCACACCAAGGCAGAAGAGUCUCAGAAAAAGAGGAAAGCUCAGGAGGGUAUUGACAAAGCUUUGCUUCCUCCAGUGCCUCCACCAUUCUGCCCAGCUUUUUCUAGCAUAGUGGGUUUUUUGUGCUGUGACAUCAUCAUACACAUUCUGAGACGUGUCCUGCAAAAUGCUGCAGAAGAACGGUCAACUCGGUGGACAGAAGCCAUGAUCCAAAGGGCCCUGCACUUGAUUGCUCAGGCAUUGCUGGAAGAAAAAACUCAGCUGGAGUACACUGAUGUGGAGGAAGUGAGCUUUGAUUUCAGCCUUAAGGCCAGACGAAUCGGUUCAGAACACAACAAAUCUGUGUUCCUCUUGUUGUCCAAGGUUAAGACGAUCCCUUCCCUCGAAGCCCAAACAGACAUGAUCAAAUGGAUUCUACAGAUGUUUGAGAUUGUCAAGUGCCUUAGAGAGAAAUCCAGUCCAGCAGUUUCUAUGAAUGUGGAUGCAGCAAAGCCAGAAGAGACUGCACAAGACAAAGAGAAAGCAGAACGCAAAAGGAAGGCAGAGGCAGCAAAGCUCCAUCGGCAGAAGAUCAUGGCUCAGAUGUCAGCGAUGCAGAAAAACUUUAUAGAGUCAAACAAAAUGUUAUAUGAUAACAUGCCAGAGAGUGGGAUGCAGGAAGAGGCUGUUCCAUCCAAGAGCUGUUCCAUGGAGCAGAAAGAGCUUUGUGUAGCCAUCGGACCUCACCGAGGGUCCACCUCAGCCGAGAGGGAGAUCCUGACCUGCAUUCUUUGCCAGGAGGAACAGAAAGUGACGGCCCAGGGUCCAGCCAUGGUCCUGACUGCGUGUGUCCAGAGGUCGACUGUACUUUCACAGUGCAGGGGAAGGAUCCUGACCAAUAAAGGAGAUGAUACGAUGUCCUAUCCUCUGUUCAUGCCUGCUGACCUGGCAGUAGGGACGCACACUGGCAGCUGUGGCCAUGUCAUGCAUGCCGCUUGUUGGCAGAAGUAUUUUGAGGCUAUUCAGAACAGCACCAGGAACCGGCUCCACACAGAGCUAAUUAUUAACCUGGAUAAUGGGGACUAUUUGUGUCCCUUGUGUAAAGCUUUAUGCAAUACUAUUAUACCACUCAUUCCAUUGGAGCCACUCACAUUCAACUAUGAAAGUGCAGAGAUAAUCGGACAGCAUCUGACACUUCCCCGCUGGAUUCAGGUAAUUUCUGCUCGCGUUAAAGGACUGAAGUCUGCCUCUCAGGAUACUGAGAGCAGUAGUGAUGACGCUGACAUUGACCUUUGUGGGGCGGGUCAAUCAGACUUCAGAUCCAUUCUAAGCUAUGGAGUACAGGAACCGAGAAGGUUCUCAGACAGCAUAGCAGAGAUGCUAGUUGUCUGCGCUACCACCAUUCACAUGGUGGGGCUGCAGACGGCACCCAAUGAACUGUGCCCAUGUGUCCCUCUCAUGGUGUGGAACACCUGUGCCUUCACCAUUCAGGCCAUAGAGCACAUACUGCAGGAAGAGAGCAAGCCUCUCUUUGGGUCUUUGCAAAACAGACAGCUUGCGGGUUUAAAGGCUAUUGUUCAGUUUUCAGCAGCUCAGAGAGUAAAGAGCUCCCAAACUGUGGUACAAAGACAUUUCUCUGACAUGUUAGCAGUCUUGUUGCCAAACCUGAGUCAAAAGAACACGCCUUCACUUCUUGAAGUCGACUUCUUCCAUCUUUUGGUGGGGUUGGUGUUGUCGAUACCUUCACUGUACCAGGAGGAAACAGUAGAUUUGCAGCCAUCAACAGUCAGUUCUGCCUAUAACCAUCUGUACAUCUUCCAUCUGGUCACCAUGGCUCAUGUGCUGCAGGUCCUCCUCUCGUCUGCAGUCUCUGCAGAUUUUCCUGCAGUUGUGGGUGGAGACGAGUCUGAGGAAGCCAGAACAGCAGCGGAGUUGUACGCUGCAGUGUCACAUUACAGCGGAAGGCCGUUUCCAGAUGUGGCUGGAAACUCGGUGGCAGAAAGUGUGAAGAGAGGAAUCGAACCGUUUCUGCGCUGUGCUGCUCUCUUUUUCAGCUACCUGACAGGGGUGCAGCCACCAGAGGAGCUGUCCAGUGCUGCUGUUACAUUUCAAGGACAGUUUGAAGCUCUGUGCGGUUACUUGGCACUGCCCUCCAAUGUGUUCCAGCUCUUCCAGCAGCAGAAAGACACCGUUACCCCACUGCUGCAGAGAUGGUGUGGAAGUGCAGCUUUAACCAAAGUCCUCAACGACAAAAUCCAGCCAGUCAGACAUCCCCGAAAAAGGAAUCAUCUGUUUGAGCUUCCUGAAGAUUACAGCGUCCUCCUCAAUCAAGCGAGCCUUUUUGAUUGUCAGCGGGGUUUUGGCGAUGAGAAGAAGCACCCAACCCUCUGCAUGAUUUGUGGGGCCAUGCUGUGCUCGCAGACCACCUGCUGCUCCUUGAGGAUAGAUGGGGAAGAAGUGGGAGCAUGUACAGCACAUGCUGCCACCUGUGGGGCAGGAGUGGGCAUGUUCCUCAGGAUAAGAGAGUGUGAAGUUGUGUUGAUGGCAAGUAAAACUCAAGCAAGCACAUACCCUGCCCCCUACCUGGAUGAUUAUGGAGAAACUGAUCCUCAUCUGGGAAGGGGCAACCCAUUGCAUCUUUGUCCAGAGCGCUUCAAGAAGCUGAACCAGAGGUGGCAGCAGCACUGCAUCCUGGAGGAAAUCGCCCGCAGCCUGGAGGUGAUCACUGUAGUGUUUCCCUUUGAUUGGCAGAUGUUGUGAUGUUUGACACAGCUGUUGUAGCGGAGUGCGAUCUGCUCCAGCCCCCCUGCGCCACUUAAAAUAUACAUAUACACAAUCCAACAAAUCUUCCUGCAAUCAAAGUCCCAGCAAGCAGAGUCCCUUCCUGCUGCCGUUCAAACACAUGGGACAGUGGAGGAUGAGGAGAAGGCAGAAUAACCGUUAGUGAAUACAUGAAUAUACCCAAGUCGCCUUGUUUAUUUCAGUUUGUUUGCAUUGAGAAUGACUUUCUCCCAGAAGGUUGUUUGCAAAGUUCAUUCAAGUGAAGGCAAACGGAUCCACUUUAAUAUUUUUCAGAAGACACGUCUUGAUAAUGUUGUGAAUGUUUCUGCCUUUUUCUCUUUUAUGCUGAAUAAAUUUUUUUUUUUUUUUUUUACUUGACUGAUAAGCAGACACAUUGAAAUGGAAAAAUCUUCGGUAAAAGUCAGAGAUGCUGCUGUCUGUGUUUUUGCUAAUUAAUGCAGCUGACAUCAGUACAGAACCAUAUAUUCCUGUCACCUGUAUUAUUACAGUGUAUACCCAUCUGUAGAGAAACACACAACUUUGAAAGGUGAAUUAAGAGCCACUCUCUGUUGUAAGUUGACAUUUUGGCACCACGUUGAAGUUUGCUGAAUAUUUCUCCCUGUAUUCUAUCAUGGCUUAAACUUAUUCACAGGGUCAUUGUCAGACAUAACAGUCACGUUUCAUGGUUUUAUUUUUUCAAAAUGUCACAACCAGAUAUUACUUCACAAUAAUCUGCCUUCAUUUAUUAAAACUUAUGCCCCCAUGUAAGUAUCCCAUCUCAUUAUUCUUUACAUUACACUACAUUUCAUUGACUAGUAUAAAGUAGUCAUUUUCCUCCCUUCAUUACUGCUUUUCUAAGUAUGUGACUGUUUUUUUUCUUAUGUUGUGUGACAUUGACUUCCAGCUUAUGUAAAUAAAGACUGAAGCCUAUUGACAAACUCUUUGUGUGACCUGACUCGCUCACAGUCCAUUGGGGUUGUAAGGGUUUGAAUACCUCUAAUAUCCAGUGCAAAAAGAA